AUGGCUAAGAAUCCUCCAGAGAACUGUGAGGACUGUCACAUUCUAAAUGCAGAAGCUUUUAAAUCCAAGAAGAUAUGUAAAUCGCUUAAAAUUUGUGGAUUAGUGCUUGGUAUCCUUGCCCUAACUCUAAUUGUCCUGUUUUGGGGAGGCAAGCACUUCUGGCCGGAGACACCCAAAAAAACAUAUGACAUGGAGCACACUUUCUACAGCAAUGGAGAAAAGAAGAAGAUUUACAUGGAAAUUGAUCCUGUGACCAGAACUGAAAUAUUCAGAAGCGGAAAUGGCACUGAUGAAACAUUGGAAGUACAUGACUUUAAAAAUGGAUAUACUGGCAUCUACUUUGUAGGUCUUCAAAAAUGCUUCAUCAAAACUCAGAUUAAAGUGAUUCCUGAAUUUUCUGAACCAGAGGAGGAAAUAGAUGAGAAUGAAGAAAUUACCACAACUUUCUUUGAACAGUCAGUGAUUUGGGUCCCAGCAGAAAAGCCUAUUGAAAACCGAGACUUUCUUAAAAAUUCCAAAAUUCUGGAGAUUUGUGAUAAUGUGACCAUGUAUUGGAUCAAUCCCACUCUAAUAGCAGUUUCGGAGUUGCAAGACUUUGAGGAGGAUGGUGAAGAUCUUCACUUCCCUACCAAUGAAAAAAAAGGCAUUGAACAAAAUGAGCAGUGGGUGGUCCCUCAAGUGAAGGUGGAGAAUACCCGUCACGCCAGACAAGCAAGUGAGGAAGAACUUCCGAUAAAUGACUAUACUGAAAAUGGAAUAGAAUUUGACCCCAUGCUGGAUGAGAGAGGUUAUUGUUGUAUUUACUGCCGUCGAGGCAACCGCUACUGCCGCCGCGUCUGUGAACCUUUACUAGGUUACUACCCGUACCCAUACUGCUACCAAGGAGGGCGGGUUAUCUGUCGUGUCAUAAUGCCUUGCAACUGGUGGGUGGCCCGCAUGCUGGGGAGGGUCUAG